AACAAAAAGCCCAAACCCCUUAAAACUGCUUAGAAAAAGCCCCAUUUUAUAUAUAAAAACCUAAAGAAAAGACCAAGUUUGGCUUUCCCUGCAAAUAAACCCUACACCCCGCCUCUGUGCCUCAAGAGCAUCAAAGCAGCAGCCGCAAUGGGUAUCGAUUUGGUCGCCGGUGGCAAGAGCAAGAAGACCAAACGGACAGCCCCAAAGUCCGAUGAUAUCUACCUCAAACUCCUCGUCAAGCUGUAUCGGUUUCUGGUGAGGAGGACCGGCAGCAAGUUCAAUGCCGUGAUUCUGAAGAGGUUGUUCAUGAGCAAGGUGAACAAAGCCCCUCUGUCCCUUUCCCGGUUGAUUAAGUACAUGACCGGAAAGGAGGGUAAGAUUGCCGUGGUGGUCGGGACUGUGACCGAUGACAUUCGCGUUUACGAUGUUCCUUGCCUGAAAGUGACCGCCCUCAGGUUCACCGAGACCGCCAGGGCUCGGAUUGAGAAGGCCGGAGGCGAGUGCUUGACUUUUGACCAGCUGGCUCUCAGAGCUCCUCUUGGCCAGAACACGAUUCUUCUUAGAGGACCUAAGAAUGCUCGUGAAGCUGUGAAGCAUUUUGGACCUGCUCCUGGUGUUCCACACAGCCACACCAAACCCUAUGUGCGAUCAAAGGGCAGGAAGUUCGAGAAGGCCCGAGGAAAGAGAAACAGCAAGGGCUUCCGUGUUUAAGCUUUGCAAAAGGAGUUAUCUCCCUAUUUUCAGUCUUGCUUUCUUCACUUUGUGUUUUUGGUGGAACUCUUAUGUUAUCUAUAGCUUACCUUCAUCUGUAUUUCGUUAUUCCCUACUACUGUUUUAGCUUCGAGAGGAAGAUCUUUAGAUGUUUGAAGGAUUAAUGGCUACUUUAAGGAAUGUAUGCUAUAUGUUAAGAUUUUGUUGAA